AUGGCUUCUCAGAAGCAGAGUUUGCCUUCCUUUUCCUCGAUUCUUUCUGUCUUGUCGAUUGUGUUUUACUGCGCCGGUUUUCUGAGAGUAGAAUUGGAGCUGAACGAACAGAAGAAGAGAAUAAACGAUCUUGAAAACAAACGGGAGAAUAUGCCUCCUGAUGUUCCAAACCGUGACAAGUUAACUAAUAAUACUCAUGGUAAGUCUUCUCUAUUCUGGUUCAAUAUUUUAUAAUAAGAGCAUCAUACAGAAUGUUUAUGUUAUAUUUUUUAACAAAAAAUCUUGCGAGUGCAGAAAAUUUUGCAUAAACGGUAUAUAUCUUGUCUUUGCGUGUUCGUGGCGCAGAGGUAAAGAAAACCGAAGGUGAACAGGUCACCAUUUGUUUCCUUUGUAGCGAAGAAAUAUUAAAAAAACAACAAUCGAUCACCAGUAAUGAUCUUUGUUUCUGAAAAGUAGCUGAACAGUCUUAUUGUUUCAAAUGACAGCUGAAAUUAAAAAUGACGAACAUUUUUGUGCAAUUGAGGUGGUGUGUUUACAGUAUCGAUCAAGCAGAUAGCAUAAAAAAAAAACUUUCGGACGCGCGGGUAAUUAUCAUUUCAGGCUUCUCACUCAAUCUCAGCUCAAUCAGCAAGUUUCAUAUAAGAAAUAUUAAUGUUAUCUAAUCUGAUGUCCUUAAUGCUUAUAUUCGUUAUUUAUUUAGUCUGUAUGCCAUUAAAACGUUCCUUGCUGUUUAUGUAAAUCAUUUAGGUAAGUGCCACCCCAAAGGGUAUAGUAGCGUUUUAGGGCCUUUUUGGUCUGAAAACUGGUAUGCUCUUUGCCCAUUUUGGUCUGGAAUCAAGUAUAGUUUUCAAGGGGACUACGGGAGCGUAUGAACGUGGUUAUCGUUUCAAUUCCAAAAGGAUAAAAAUCAAAUAGGAAUAUGCGAGUUCGAAACACGCUCUAAACUAAGUAAUGAUGACCUAAUUUGUGCCCAAUUUCUGCCUAAAGGUAUAGGCCACUCGAAGGAACAAGCACGCUACGCACUGUGUAUGCCUCGUCCUUUAAGCAAAGAUCCGACAUAAGCCACUCGAAGGUCCUAUAGAUCUGCAUUGAAGGGUUUUUACUAAGAUUAACUAAGUAAAAGGUCCUCUGUUUUGGUCUUUAGCACUAACUUAUUAUAAACGUUAAUUGUAGAAACUGAAUAUGUCAAGCCCUACAGGAAUAGGCGAGCAGCCGAUUCACUGAAAAACACCACGGGAGCUAAAAUCACAGUUGACAGGGAAACAAUUCUGAAGAUAAACAGACUGUUAUCCGAGCUAAAACCUCAACUGUGUCAUUCAAAUGGCGAUAGCUGUCUCCCAGGCCCUCCCGGUCCACCGGGACCAAGGGGAGACAAAGGAUCCCGGGGAAGAAGAGGACACAAAGGGGACCAAGGCAUUAUGGGAUCUCCUGGAAAAAGUGGCAAGCAAGGCAUCAUGGGACCAGCAGGUCCGAAGGGUGAAGCUGGACGCAAGGGAAAAAAAGGAGACAUUGGACCUGCAGGCAUGCCGGGAGCUAAAGGAGAACCUGGUGAAUCGAUUUCAGCUCCUGUUGUUGCUGUGUCACCUAAAACGCUGACAGUUAACGAAGGUGGCUCAGCGUCGUUUCAUUGUUCAGUGAGUGGUAAUCCUGAUCCUGUCUUAGUGUGGAGUAAAACGAUCAGACAGUACAGUCAGACAGUGGUUUCAGGAGGAAAAAUGCUUCUGAAGAAUGUGCAAGGAAGUGAUUCGGGUACAUACAACUGUUCAGCAGUGAACAUUUUAGGACAAGCCCAGGCACUGGUGCAGCUGAUGGUAAAUGGUAAGAUCGCUAUGAGUUAGUUAAAAUGCAGGAACAUUUUUGCCUGGAUGCUGCUACCUGUCUGGCUCGGUUAAAUUCUUUCACAAAAAAGUAAAAUAAAUAAAACUGGAUAUCGUUUUCUACCUACGCUACUGAUGCAUUUCAAAGCUUAGCUAAUCAGCUCUAAGGCAGUUGCCACAUUUUAUACUACUACAUGAGAAAUUUCUGCAAUUUGAUUGGCUUAGAGCAGUGGUAUUUCAGCUUAAUUUGAAAUACCUACAUGUGAAAAUUACAAACCUUGCGGGUAGUAGUAUAAACAAUUAAUAGCAUGAUUUGUAUGUGAUAUUUGACAUAAAUACCACUCGUGAUAUUUCAAAAUUGUCUCAAAUUUCACUCGCCUAACGGCUCGUGAAACUACGUAUAACAAUUUUGAAAUAUCACUCGUGGUAUUUAUGCCAAAUAUCACUACAAAUCAUGCUAUUACCUAUACAAAUUGUAAACAAUCAAACAGACCAACAAACAAGAUUUUUUUAAAAAAAAUAAAAGUUCUAUACUGAAAGAUGAACUUACAAAAAAUGAUGUUUCAGGAACCGAAUUCAGUUACUUGGGCUAAAACUCUUAAGUCUAGGUCUUAAUUCCUUUCUUUUUUGUAGUUCACCCCCAAGUUUCUCUUCAUCCGGGACCUCAUUAUGCUAUCGAAAGAAGUAGUUAUACUCUUCCAUCCUGUCACGUGACUGGGUAUCCUGCGCCAGUGGUCUCAUGGAGAAAGUCAUCCGGUCCAUUAUCCCAGGGAAGGGUGAAGUACAACAACAGUGCAUUACAAAUACUACAUGUUCGUAAAGCUGACUCUGACCUCUACUACUGUGCGGCAUCAAACCUGUUAGGACGGGUUGAGAAGAAAACUCUCUUAGUUGUUGUUUCUCCUCCUCAGUUCUCUGUUAAACCACCUGCUAAAGUUGUCGUGUGGGUUGGUGGUAUAUUGAUUUUAAACUGUAGCGCUACUGGUGAUCCUCAACCAGUCCUCACCUGGAAAAAGCAAGGAGGUCAACUGCCAGUCGGGAGGAACCAACAAAUUAAUGGCAAUUUGGUGAUCAGAAGUGUCACGGUGAAUGACAAAGGGAUUUAUAGUUGCGUUGCAACAAACGCUGGAGUGUUUAAGUCAGAAGCUGACACCUUCAUUGAAGUUAAAGGUAAGUCAUUAGGAAAGAUGAGAGAAUAUGUUUUAUUUUGAACGAUGCAACGAUUGAUCGAGCUAUCACUCUGCAUUAAGUGCCUCAAACGGCAUCCAGUGUUAAGAUGUUGCUUCAGUUCGAAUCUACAAUAAGAAGCUGAAAGUUAGAGUGCAAUCGCGCCAACAUUUUGACUCAUUUAAAGACGUACUCUACCUCCAGGGCAACUGACCGGGUGGCUAGAACCGUUACAAAAGAAACACAUUACUUGAUGAUAUAAGAUUUUUAAUUUCCUGAGCGACCAGCCAUAAAAAGCAAUAAAAAAGAAAAUUUUCUCGUACUUGUACAAAUUAAUGAAAUUAAGCCUGGUCGAGCGGUCAACGUUUUCGGGUAACAUUGCACUGUCACAUAUUAGGGAGCUUAUAUAAUAUAUAAUAUAUAUAUAAAUUUAAUAUAUAAGUAUAAUAUAUAAUAUAUAUAUAAAUAUAUAAUAAGCAAGUCGUUUUUGAGAAACGCCUGACAACAGGAUAUGAGGCAUCUUCCCAGGGGGCCUCUUCCCUUUUUAUGCCUUGAGUCUACCUUAUUUGUACUGCUACGUGUUUUUACUCUUAAAGAGACCAUUUGCCUUAAAAUUUGGGCAUAACGACUACCCAAGAAAGCAAAAAGUCCUCUUCAAUGAACUCUUAUUAAUUGAAAAAAAAAAAAACGAAAGUCAGUGUAAUGUACAUGUAUCAUUGAAUGAAGCGUCUCUAAACUAAUUUGGUUAGUACAACGGCUUUCAUUGAAGAGUAGCCUAAAGCCAAAGUUAUACCAACAAAGCACUAAGAAGUUUAUUAUCAGUAUGUUGCUAAAGUAACUAGUGAUGGAGAAUACUAACACGCACGCAAAGCAGUCAAAACAACAUCUUAUUAAGCAGAUUUAACAUUAAAUUACAGAGUAAAUGCCGAAGUGUUCCCGGUAAUCCGCGAUUCAGUAUCUACGAAUGUUUUAAUUUUUUGUGUGUGUUUGACACUGAUCUAGUGUGAAUGCUAAGUUUUAACAGUGAAGAGGUACGUGAAAAACUUUCAGCUUUCUCCUGUUUUUUAUUUAUUUAUUUAUUUUUUAUUUGGAAAAUAAAUUCUUUAGAUGGCCUUGCCGGUUCCACCAUCCUUAGCACUCUUGACAGCAAGUACCUUGAUCAGCUGAAUUCAUAUUUAGACCCAGUCCGCCAGACUACAGGCCGCAGCAGGUUUGUGAGGUGUUGGCACGCUGAGACAGAUGGUUGGGUGGCAGCAACAUUCCACAGCAACUGUGAUGGAAAGGGUCCCACUGUAACCAUCGUCCAAGUCGGUAGUUACAUAUUUGGUGGUUAUACUGACAAGUCUUGGGGUGGUAUGUAUCAUUUCGUUAACGCCUUAAUCGCACACAUAUGUUCAGCGUUGUCGUGUGGACGGGGGCGAAAACGAUUCUAAUACGCUUCGCGUAGGCGCUUACUUUUUGUGAAAAAGCGGCGAUAAAUUUCUCCAUUUUCUAAAAACAUCCCGAUACGUGUGGAUUGGACGUAAAACCAGCGUAUACGUUGCACAAGAACGCCGUUUAUAUGUGAACGGAAGGCAGUAUUCGGACCAAAAAAACCUCCGUUUUCAAAAAAUUAUAUCCGGAUACGUGUGGAUAAGGCCACUUUGACAAGCAAAUUAGCAACAGACACCGUUGGCAAAAAAAGAUGGUUAAAAAUACAACAACAAUAACUAAGCCGCAUGGGCUGUUUUAUUUCGAUUUUUUUUCUCUCUGGAGUAUUCUGUUUGUCUGUUAAAAUGUUCUGAUAAACGGUUUGAAAGUAUUGAAAUGCUUUCACACCAUACAAUUGGUAAAAAGUUGUAAUGUUGAUGUCCGUGACAGAUUGUUCUAAUGGAUCUAAAUGAAAUAACCAACUUUUUGGGUAAAUAAAUAGCAAAGCGAACAUACCUGAAAUCUCAUUUUUUCUACAAGAGUUUACUAUAGCAGCUCUAUAAUGUAUAGGACAGUACUUUUGAAAACUUAACUGAUUUUUGGAGAGGACUGGUGUAUUGCAUGGCUUUGUUAAACAUUAUAGCAUAUUCUAUCAAAAAGGUUUUAAGGUGAAAAACAUCCAACUUCGAACACAAAUAUUUAUAGCUGUCAUUGUCGCCCUUGCUGCUUGAGGUGUUUUGAAUAAUUUAAAGUAAUAUCUAAAAAUUGUCUCCCACAGGUUCUUGUCGUUAUGUCUAUUCAAGUAAAUCGUUCCUGUUCUCGUUAUAUAACAUCAAUGGCUACGCUCCGGUUAAGGUAAACAGCAAGUCAGGUCACUACAGUAACGCCGUAUACACAUGUUCCAACUACGGACCAACCUUUGGUAACGGACACGACCUGCACAUACACAACAACGCUGCAAGCAACCGCAAUUCCUACACAUACUGUGGCUACGGUUACCACCUCCCCACUGGGUACUCUGCAUCUUCCUCUUCCUGUAGAUUUUAUGCAGGUGGAUCCAGUAUCUACUUCACUCCCACUGAUGUUGAAGUGUUUUACGAGACAACAACUUAA